CAAAUCACCCGUGACGUAUGCUUGAUCGGUCUUUUCAGGGUGUUCUUGUUGAUCUUUACGUCCCCCGCAAAUGCGCGGCCACUAGUAGGACCACUGCAUCGGUCCAAAUAAACAUUGCUGACGUUGAUGCCAAUGGCCGUGCACUUCCCACUUAUACGGCGUUCGCAUUGUGUGGCCAGGUGCGCUCGCAGGGAGAGUCCGAUGACUCCCUGAAACCGGUUAGCAACCAAGGCUGGUUCAUUCUCGCAGUGCUUCGGAAUGUGUGGUCAGCCCAAAAAUAAGACAUCGUUUAUUAUGUUGUUAUCUCCACCUUUUUAUGACCACCAUACAAUUGUAUACUGUGCGUGAGGUAUGUGAGUGACACCGCAGGUCCAUAUCGACUCGCAACCUAUCGCUUUAUCUGUGAUGCAUUGAGUACGAGGACUGCGGUAGAAAGUGCUCGAUGUCACGUGUACUCCUGAGAUGUGACUACUCUCUGAGGGGA